AUGUCCCGUAGUCUGGAUGCAAAGAAAAUACAGAUGCAUAAUCCACCGGCUAACGUCCGUAUGUCACAAUGGCAAGGCGCAGGAGACCAGGGAAGACUGAAGCCGACAGCUAUUUGGGAGGCCAAAACCUACUCAGCCGGGCCCUCCGGCGGGAUAUCGGCAAUCUUCUGCUGGGUACAACCUCCAUUUUUCCGGCCCCCACACCUCUCCAUCAUAUAUUAUGACCAACGACGUGAGUCUCUGAGCUACGAUGGUGACUCUCCGAUCCCAAUCCCGGAUCCAAGAUCUUACGAAAUGCAGCCGUUUCAGCCCUGGCAGCAGCGAGAGAGUUUCACCGAAGAUAUACCAGCACGCGAAGAAACAGAGAUCGGUGAUGUUGCCGGCAUUGGUUGGCCCAAUGGCAUCGGCAAAACUCUCGAUCACCUCGCGAUACGUGAAAUCAUACCAUGA